AGGAGGAAGAGAAAGCAGCCAUGGCUUCUGCUUCUUACAUGGAGGAUUUGACUUGUUCUGUCUGUCUGACUAUCUUCACUGAUUCGGUGAGCCUUCUCUGUGGCCACUUUUUCUGCAGAAAAUGUAUCACAAACUCUCUGAGCAAAAAGGACCAGUGUCCACAGUGUCAGACAACUGUGCCAAAAGAGGAGAAAUAUCUCCCAACCAACCACAUUCUGAAAAGCCUUGCUGACAAAACUAAAGAAGCUGAGAAGAUAAAGAGAGAACAGGGAGAUGAGACCACAGGGGUUGCUCAGUUCUUGUGCCCUGAGCAUGAAGAAAAGCUGAAACUGUUCUGUGAAACAGAUCAACAAUUAGCCUGUAUCAUAUGCCGAGAUGGGGAGAGGCAUAAUGGACACAAAUUUAAACCAAUCAGAGAAGCAGCUACAUCUCUGAGGCAGGAGCUGGAGAAGGGUAUGGAGCACCUUUCUGAUGAGAUCCAUGCCAUAGAGAGCUUAGCCAGUAUACAGAGAGAAGAAAUAACAAAAACCCACAUGAAGUCCCAGGAGCUGAUGACCCAAAUCAACACCCAGUUUGAGGAGAUACACCAGUUUCAGAGACAGAGGGAAGAGGAGAUUAAGAAUGAGCUAAAGGAGAAAGAGAGAGAGGCUGUAGAAGAGAUGACUGAGAAGUUACAGGCAAUGGACCUGGUGUUGUCUGAGAGUAGAGAGCUGCAGGUGAAGGUGACAGCUGCUCUGGAAAUUUCAGACUCAGUGAAGUUCUUGCAGAGCUGGACUGAAGUGAACAACAUGCUGACUCCAGAGUGUUUGUUCAGGCCCAGAGCAAAUGAUCUGCCGGUGGCCCGUGCUUCUCUCAGUUUGGGUCCUUAUGAAAGUAACUUGCAGUUCUUUGUGUGGAAGGAUAUGGUUCAGGUGGUCAAGCCCCGGGCAGGGCUGCUCUCACUGAGAAGAGAAAAUACAGAUGUAACUGUGUCUGAUGACGGACACAGUUUGCUUUGUUCUCCUAAAAGCAGCCAAUCUCAGCCUGGUGCCUUAUCUGGUUCCCAUCUGUAUCACACAAGCAAUAAUGCAUUUAAAACCAGUCUAUUUGGCUCUGCCCAACUCAAGAACUCUUUUGAAUUUGGCUCUGCCCAACCCAAGAACUCUUUCACAUUUGGCUCUGCCCAACCCAAGAACUCUUUUACAAUUGGCUCUACCCAACCCAAGAACUCUUUCACUUUUGGCUCUACCCAACCCAAGAACUCUUUUACAUUUGGUUCUGCCCAACCCAAACACUGUUUCACAUUUGGCUCUGCCCAACCCAAGAACUCUUUUCAAUUUGGCUCUGCCCAACCCAAGAACACUUUUGAAUUUGCCUCUGCCCAACCCAAGAACUCUUUCACAUUUGGCUCUGCCCAACCCAAGAACUCUUUUCCAUUUGGCUCUGCCCAACCCAAGAACUCUUUCACAUUUGGCUCUGCCCAACCCAAGAACUCUUUUCCAUUUGGCUCUGCCCAACCCAAGAACACUUUUGAAUUUGCCUCUGCCCAACCCAAGAACUCUUUCACAUUUGGCUCUGCCCAACCCAAGAACCCUUUUGAAUUUGGCUCUGCCCAACCCAAGAACUCUUUCACAUUUGGCUCUGCCCAACCCAAGAACUCUUUUCCAUUUGGCUCUGGCCAACCCAAGAACCCUUUUGAAUUUGGCUCUGCCCAACCCAAGAACUCUUUUCCAUUUGGCUCUGCCCAAAACGAGAACUCUUCUACAUUUGGCUCUGCCCAACCCAAGAACCCUUUUACAUUUGGCUCCGCCCAACCCAAGAACUCUUUUCCAUUUGGCUCUGCCCAACCCAAUAACUCUUUUACAAUUGGCUCUGCCCAACCCAGGAACUCUUUUGAAUUCGGCUCUACAGCUGCAAUGAAACCUUCUGGAUUUGGCUCUCCCCAUGUGCCUCCAACAUUUGGUAGUUCAUAAUUUAGUAACCCAGAUGAUGGGCGACAUGAAAAAAUUUCUUUUGCUGUCAAGACAAAUCAUGCCUUCAGUGUCAAUGAGUUCACCUCAGGGCAGCAUUAAUGGGAGACAGAGGUUGGACUGAGGAAUUACUGGGAAUUAGGGGUGAAAGGUCUUGGGAAAGCCUGCAGCGCCUACUCAAGACUCCACAACAUCUGGAAGUCCAACAUCUACAAUCUCAAUACCAAGAUCCACUUGUACAACACCCUGGUCAAGCCGGUUCUACUAUAUGGGGCGGAGUGCUGGCGAGUAACCACAAGCAACAUGCAAAUUGUCAGCUCAUUCCACAAUGGAUGCCUGAGAAGGAUCUACCGCAUAUUCUGGCCCAAUAAAAUAUCUAAUAAGGAAUUUACAGAAGAACCGGCUCCCGAAAUGUGAUAUCAGAAAUCAAACACUGUCGUCAGAAAUGGCUUAGACAUGUACUCUGGAUGCCCCCAGACAGAUCCCCAAAGUGGCCCUCAGAUGGACACCACUGGGAAAAAGAAAAAAGAUUCCAACCCAAGAUCACCUGACGAAGAACGGUAGAGGCCGAGAUGUCAGAGAUGGGACUCUCGUGGGGUGAGGCGCAGAUGGCAGCCAAAGACUGGGAUAGAUGGAAGACUAUCAUCGAUGCCUUAUGCCCCAUCAGGGGCAAAGACGAUAAGUAAGUCAUUUCCUCAAGUGUGAUGGCCAAAAAUAUGGCAUCAAAAAAAAACAAACAAACAAACAAACAAACAAAAAAAACAGGCGAUCGUUACUAUAAAACCAGUGUUUCAUAAUAUAGUAUAGUAUUUUAGAGUAUGAAGUCAGUCUCUGUCUCCUCUCUUUUUCUAACCAACCCAGCAUCUUGCACACCUUGGAUUAGAAUCUAUGUUCUGUAAAAACUUGUGUAUAGAAUGAAUAUCAUAUCAGCAUAAUUAUACCUGGUUCUUGACCAUAAUACCCUGGUUUUAAUUAUACCAUGUAAAAUAAGAACAUGUGUCCUGUGAAUACUAAAAAUGCUUUGCUUUCAAAAAUGAAUAUUAUUGUGACUUGCAACAUUUUUGCAUGUUAUUUUUGUUUUGUAACUUUACUUUGAUCAAUGCAAAGUGGAAUACAUGUAAAAGUGU